AUGGCAUUCACGUUCGCGGCCUUCUGCUACAUACUGGCACUGCUGCUCACUGCCGCGCUCAUCUUCUUCACCAUCUGGCACAUUAUAGCAUUUGAUGAACUGAAGACUGAUUACAGGAAUCCUAUAGACCAGUAUAAUACCCUGAAUCCUCUUGUACUUCCAGAGUACCUCAUCCAUGCUUUCUUCUGUGUCAUGUUUCUUUGUGCAGCAGAGUGGCUUACACUGGGUCUCAAUAUGCCCCUCUUGGCAUAUCAUAUUUGGAGGUAUAUGAGUAGACCAGUGAUGAGUGGACCAGAACUCUAUGACCCUACGACCAUCAUGAAUGCAGACAUUUUAGCGUAUUGUCAGAAAGAAGGCUGGUGCAAAUUAGCUUUUUAUCUUCUAGCAUUUUUUUACUACCUAUACAGCAUGAUCUAUGUUUUGGUGAGCUCUUAGAACAACACACAGAAGAAUUGGUCCAAAGUGCAUGCAAAAAGCCACCAAAUGUAGGGAUUCUAUCCAGCAAGAUCCUCUUUCCAAGA